CGGGCCUGGAAUUGAGGUCAAGAGGCGCCGAUAUCGCGUGUUGGCCUUGUCGCUCCACGCCCAAAUGCCUCGCCCAAUACUUGGCAUAUUUGGAGACUUUGGCACUGCAUUUCCUCAAUUAUUGCAAUAUCUUGUACGCCCACCUCCGCGUAAAGACGCGAAUAGAAAGCUUGAGCUCAUGGUGAUCUACAUCUCUUCACCCAUUCCCCUUUCUGCGAUACUCCCCACCUCCCCUCUCACCUUAUAGAGGCUGACAUCGGGUCUGACCCAGAGCUCGAGAUGCCUCUAGUCGCCUCACAGAACCUGCGACAGCUAGCUGGGCACCCUCGGAAAUGGACUUUCCCUGCUCUGUUCAUGGCAGGAAGACGGGUGGGGGGUUACAGAUAUAUCUCGGUGCAAGCCACUCCAUCUACUGACACAAGUCGCGUUGAUGUUGUUGGUAGAUCUACCUCUAUUUCCUCUCCAGAUGCCUCCUUCGAAGUCCUCGGAAGUCCCUACUCCCUCCUCUCAGUCACCCUGUCCCCGUCUCAGGAUUUGUACACUCGCCGCGGAACACUAGUCGCCUUCGCGGGUGACGCAGAUAGUACAGUUUCGACCUUGCGAAUACUUAACCCACUCCGAAGAGUCCUCAUCGGCAUUCCCUUCUUGUACCAGAAGAUCACCUCUACAACCCCCAUCAGUGCUCUCAUCUCCACAAAGUCUCCUCUGACUUCAUUUGCAAUCCUCCAUCUGGACGGCACCACGGAUUGGAAGCUAGCACAGAGAAAAGCAUUGCUGGCCUGGACCGGCAAGUCCCUCAGCGUGACUCCCACAGUCAGUUCUCGGAUGUCGUUAGCAUAUUGGGGAAGCUCGGAUGUUAGUGGACGAGGUCUGCUCGCUCUUGCUGGCCAGGGUCAGAUCUACUCAAUUGAGCUUGCAAAGGGAGAAACCUAUGUUGUGCACCCAUCGAGCAUAUUAGCCUACUCUACUUCUUCACCAUCGCCUCCUCCACAACCUUAUCGAUUCAAGUCCACCAGCAUUCGAUUCCAAAUUCCACUCCAACUCGGAAACUUCUUUCCCUCAUCCAAGUUCAUCGAGACCCUGAAAACAAGCUCAACCUACAAGUUCUUCGCCAAUGCAAGCCUCAGGUUACGGACGUGGAGCCGGAGGACCAUCUGGGGGGACAGACUGUUCUUGCGAUUUGAAGGGCCAACCACCCUGUUGAUUCAGAGCAGAGCUGCGAGAGUGAGUGAAGUGUUGACCGCGCAGGACGUCAACGAGAUUGCGGAUGCUCCCCCAGGCGUGGUGAGCGAAGCAGUCCGAAGUGCUCAGAUCUCGCAAGGUAAAUCCCUGGAGGGAAGCGGAGCUGUGGGAGUGCCAACGCCUGCUCAUUCCACGCCAAAGGUAUCAGUUGCCAGUGUGGGUAGUGAUGGCAAGGUCUCCUUUGGCACGACUUAGACCCAGUCCUAGAUUGUUCAAGGUUGGCUCAGAGUCCAUUUGUUCAUUCGGCCCACCUUAGUACAUAGCCUCAUCUCAACCCGUUCAUUCUCAGGAGUCAUCACUGUAACCACUCGAGCUUAGACAACAUCUUGGAAUACUGUAUAGGCAUCGGAACGAAAAGGAGGCACGAGGAAAUGCAAAUACAGAAUCCCGAGACAUUAGUGAACAGAACUAGAAUAAUACGAC